AUGGCGAAGUUUGCUCUAGGGCACCACAGCGAGGUCACCGAGGCCGGCUGCGUGCGCGCCGUGCUCGCCGAGGCCGUGCUCACCUUCCUCUUCGUCUUCUCUGGCGUCGGCUCCGUCAUGGCCGCCGGGAGGCUGGCCGGCGGCGCCGACACGAUCAUGGGCCUGACGGCGGUCGCGCUGGCCCACGCUAUGGCGGUGGCCGUCAUGGUGUCGGCAGGGCUUCACGUCUCCGGCGGCCACAUCAACCCAGCCGUCACGCUCUCCCUCGCCGCAGGCGGCCACAUCACCCUCUUCCGCUCCGCGCUCUACGUGCUCGCGCAGCUGCUCGGCUCCUCCCUCGCCUGCCUCCUCCUCGCCUUCCUCACCGGCGGCGCGGUGACCAUGCCAGUGCACGCGCUGGCCGCCGGGGUGGGCGCGCCGCAGGGGGUGCUCUGGGAGGCCGUGCUCACCUUCUCGCUGCUCUUCACGGUGUACGCGACCGUCGUGGACCCGCGCCGGAGCGUCGGCAACCUCGGACCGCUACUGGUGGGCCUCGUCGUCGGCGCCAACGUGCUCGCCGGAGGGCCAUUCUCCGGCGCGUCUAUGAACCCGGCACGUUCAUUCGGGCCCGCGCUCGCCUCAGCGAAUUGGGCCAGUCAGUGGGUCUAUUGGGUUGGGCCGAUGGUCGGUGGCCUGCUCGCGGGGCUAGUAUAUGAGGGAUUGUUCAUGGUCCGGCCCGGCCACCAGCAGCUUCCCACCGAUGGCACCGACUUCUAG